CCGAUAUAUCCGGAUGAUACUGAUACCAGCGCUGUUCUCCGCCAACCAACCAUCACUCCCGCAGCCGCAAGCCGAAACGCCAUCAUCAUCAGCAAGAAGAAGAGGGAGAGCAAAACCUUCUCCUUUUUUUAUGAUCAAGAGAUGGCGGUGCUCCGGAUAGGGAUGGCGGCCGUUGUUUCCGCCACGCCGCCCUCCGCCGCCCGCUCCCACCGCCGUUUCCUUCUCCAUCGCCGCCGUUCCUCCGCCUGCGCCGCCGCCGCCGCCUUCCCCUUCUUCCCACGUCUUCCCUCCUCCGCCGGCCGCCGCCCCGCGCCUCCCGUCUUGGCUUCCGCUCCCGCCGUCUCCGCCGAGGCCCCUGCUCCUACCUCUGCCGCCGCAGUUCCUUAUAAAGGAGUAGAGAAUUUGGUGAUAGUAGGUUCUGGUCCAGCUGGAUACACUGCAGCAAUUUAUGCAGCACGUGCAAAUUUGAAGCCAAUUGUAUUUGAAGGGUAUCAAAUAGGUGGUGUUCCAGGAGGGCAAUUAAUGACCACUACUGACGUUGAAAAUUUUCCUGGAUUUCCAGAUGGAAUAAGUGGUCCUGAUUUAAUGGAUAGAAUGCGACAACAAGCUGAGCGUUGGGGUGCUGUGCUUUUUCAAGAAGAUGUUGAAUUUGUUGAUGUGAGAAAUAGUCCAUUUACCAUCCGCAGCAGUGAACGCCAGGUAAAAUGCCAUAGUCUUAUCAUAGCAACAGGGGCAACUGCUAAAAGGCUUAGGUUACCUCGUGAGGAUGAAUUUUGGAGUAGAGGUAUAAGUGCUUGUGCAAUAUGUGAUGGAGCGUCACCGCUAUUUAAGGGACAAGUUCUUGCUGUUGUUGGGGGAGGUGACACAGCCACCGAGGAAGCUUUGUAUCUGACCAAAUAUGCUCGCCAUGUACAUUUACUUGUUCGUAGAAAUCAUCUGCGGGCAUCUAAAGCUAUGCAAGAUCGAGUUCUCAACAACCCGAAUAUUACAGUGCACUUCAAUACUGAAGCCAUGGAUGUCGUCAGCAAUACCAAAGGUCAGAUGUCCGGUGUUCUAUUAAAAAGAGUCGACACCGGAGAGGAAUCAGUUCUAGAGGUGAAAGGUCUAUUUUAUGGAAUUGGUCAUACUCCAAACAGCCAAAUAUUAGAAGGUCAGAUUGAACUCGACAGUGCUGGGUACAUUGUCGUGAAAGAAGGCACGGCGAGAACUUCGGUUGAAGGUGUCUUUGCUGCUGGUGAUGUACAGGAUCAUGAAUGGAGGCAAGCAGUAACUGCAGCUGGGUCUGGAUGUGUAGCUGCUUUGUCUGUUGAGAGAUAUUUGGUUUCCAAUGAUCUUCUUAUUGAAUUUCACCAGCCUGUCACUGAAGAGGUGAAGAAGAAGGAACUUUCAGACAGAGAUGUAGAUAUGGGCUUUGAUAUCACUAUGACAAAGCACAAAGGCCAGUAUGCACUUCGGAAACUAUACCAUGAAAGCCCAAGGCUUCUUUGUGUUUUAUAUACUUCACCGACAUGUGGUCCAUGCAGGACUUUGAAGCCGAUAUUAAGCAAGGUAAUUGAUGAAUUCGACCAAGAUGUGCACUUCGUUGAAAUUGAUAUUGAGGAAGAUCCCGAAAUAGCAGAAGCAGCAGAAAUUAUGGGGACACCUUGCGUGCAAUUUUUUAAGAAUAAAGAAAUGCUCAGGACGGUGUCUGGUGUGAAAAUGAAGAAGGAAUACAGAGAGUUUAUUGAAGCUAACAAAUGAGUUGGUCUUGCCGCUUGUGCUAUUAAGCAUUUCUUCUUAGAUAUAUGUCCAAAUUCUAAAAUGUACCUGCCUUGAGCCGCCGUUUAAGUGAUCAAUUUUUUGGUAGCAUACCCCAAAUGCAGAAAUAUGUUUAUUUUCCUGAUGUUGAAGGCAAUGCUAGCUGUAUCACCUUUUGAACACCUGCAUUUCAUGCAGCAAAUUUGACUGUAAAUCAGAAAUUGUUUUCCUUUGAAAUUGAAGUCCAAAAUAAAAUUUCUGGAGUAGUCGUAUCUUCUUGGCAAUGGAGACUGCUGCAUAGCUCAUUUCAGUUGAA